UUUUGAAAGAAACUAUGAAGGACCCUUCUGAAAUUGGGAGAGAUGAAAAGUCUGGUAAGGGUAGUGACCUAAACUUCUCGAUCUCUAGCAAAGAGAUAGAAAAAGAGAUUCACCAUCAAAAUCAUGAUAUUCAAAGAUUCAAAGGUCCGAUCGGUCUCAAAUUUAUUUGCUGUGGUUCUAAAAGAGGAAUGAAGGAUUGAGAUCUGAUAAUAUCUGAAGAUGAUUUCAAGAGUACAAAGAAAUCAAAAAUCGGCGAAUCAAAGAUGCCAAUUUUAAAUUCGAGAGUAGUUUAUUGUGCAGAAAUUUGGUUGUUUCGAAUGGUGAACGUUCAUGAAAGGAGGGGUGAAGGAGCUUUGGUUAAUUUGGUUGAUUUUGGGGAGGGAUUCGAAAUUUAUGUUAAUACUGUGAUUGAAAUGUCUUCCUUAUCAAGAGUUGCAGUACAGGGUAUGGGAUAGUUAUUCGGAAUGCGCUGGGGUACCAAGGAGCACGAGGAGGAAGAUGUAGGGCUACGUCUGUUGUUGAGGGGUGAAUUUGUGUUUAGGUUCUACCCGUCCUAGUCACACCAAAUGACCUCACAAUGUUAAGAAUGGUAAGAGAGAGAGUUGUUUUUCCAUUGUACCUUUUCCUUUCUUAUAUAAGCUUUCCAAAAAGCCCCUUCCUUUAUGUCAUCAUUGCAUGUGUCCUACACCUCCUUAAUUACUUCUAAUGCCAUUCCUUAAGAUAACCUUCUUUUUAUUCACUAAUCCCUUCCUUGUCCUUCUCUUUUAAUGGAUACUUUCUUGUUGGACUUGGGCUUAGUUCCCAAGUCCCUAUGCUUUUACCUAGUUUAACCACUUCUUCGGGAACACCCUGAACCCAUUAAGGGUUGUUAUUUUUCAUGUAUCAACAUUAGUCCCCUGACUAUUGGGUCAAUUGUUUAAUGACCCAAUAGUCAAAGAACCCCCUUUUGAGCGCCCUCCUUUAUAGUCCAUUAACAUGGUGGGUCUCCUCCUUUUGUUGAACUUAUGAUCGUGGGCGACGUUUCAACUCCUCAUCGUGCAAAACCGCUUCUCCUUCCAGUUUCUGACGGUUGCUUUUCCCCGUGCAUAACUGACACGUCCAAUCUUUAGGGCUAUUUAUAUAUAGAGUUGUCAAUUCAUUAUCCCUUCAACUUUUCUUCUUUUUUCCUUCUUCCAGACGUACCCAUACACUCGCCAUGUCUAGUAGAUCUUCCAGUAGUUCUUCAUCCGAGGAGUCUAGUGAAUCUGAACAACCUAGGCAUGAGGGCUCCAAGGAAUCCGAGUAUUCCGAUCAGGAUGAGAUCGUCCUACCCGCCCCAGCAGACGGCAAAUUGUAUACUAUUGCUGAGUGCACAAGCGGUUCUGCUAUAAAGCGCGCGCUGAGGUUAAGAGAACUCCGUGGAGGUAAGCGCGUUUUCCCUCUGGAUGAUAUCCUAAGUUCUCGCCUUCUCAAUCCGCUCGUGCUUCCUUACCCCCUUAUCCCAGAUGGCUUACGCGUCCCGAGUCAGAGACUAUGGACGUUUUCGCGUUCAACACUGUGGCGCGGAUGGCCAUCCAUCGUGGCGAUUAUGAUCUCCAUGAUAUCGACAUCCGUUCUAAGUCGAAGACUCCCCCUGUGUGGCCUCAUUGGACAUCUCAUAUACGCUCCAACCUCAACCACGCUGCUGCUCCCCGGAAGGCAAGUAUUGAUGAAGAUAUAAACUCGUCUCUUAAGCGGGAGGUAAAUAGGUGCAUUCGUGAUAUAAUACGGCUUUUCUGCCGCUGGGCUCCUCCCGUUCAUACCCUUCUCACAUCGUUAGAGGAUGUAUUCGCUCUUACAGGGCUACCGAUUCAUGGAAGUCAUUCAUAUGAUGAGGAAGCCGUCUACCGAGCACUAAAUGACGAGGACAAGGAACUAUGUACUUAUUUGUUGAAGUGCAAAGAUGAUUCCCGUCGUGAAUUGGUACGGAAGAGCCAGGCGCCAUCAGGAAAAGUCAAGGACAAGGGAGCCGCUGACACAGGUAAGAAAGGGGCAUCUUCGUCCGCUCAGAAGGGGAAGGCUAAGUGGGUAGAAGAGAAGAAAGCUCCUCCUAAGCUCCCAUCUGGCGAUCGAUUGUUAUCUAGCUCCAUCUGCGCCUAUGAGUCGAUUCAUGGUUCGUCAGAUCCAACAGAAACUAAUCCUGAAUGGGUCGUUAAAGUUAAUCGUCGCGCUUCUUUUUCUCUUUGGCUGAAAUAUUGGGCUCCUCAGAUGGUCGGUGGGAAUAUGUUCCCUCCUAAACACAAGUAGAAGAAUCCCCGCGCGGAACUAGCUGCCUUCAUCUUAUUCUGGCUUUGUCACGACAUAUUUGAAUACAGUCCCAGGAUACCAUUAAGGGUAAGCUCGUGCUAAUGGUUGUGUUGUUGUCUCGCGGCGUCUCUUUUCCGCUUGCACCAAUGUUCUUAGGUGGUUUGUACCGCCACCUUGAUUUAUUCUGUCAAGAUCUUCAGACGGUAGGUUUGUCCCACAAGAUCGAGACCUACAUCCCAGCAUGCAGGCUUGGUACUGGGAGCAUGUUCCCUCGUGCGCGCCUGAGCCUAAUGAACUCGCGAUUCACCGGGAAGAAGAUGUGAAGCAGGACGAUGGUUCAGUCAAGAAGCUUCUCGUUGUUUACGGCUACCCACGGAUGGAUCUUUCGAACUUGAAAGGGAAAGUCCCCAAGGGCGAUCUUAGUAAACACUUGGACGUGGCCAAGGAUUUUGAACCAUUCCCUUACCAAGACGGUUGACCGGGUCUGGCGCAUUAUGAUUUUAUUGCACCUUUUGACGCGGAGUUGGAUUCUACAAAGCUCUUGCCGGAGGCGGAUUUUGAUUCAGUGAUGGUUGUGUUAAUGGGUUAUCUUCCUGGUUUCUAUGCUGGUAAGUUCAUCGCUAUAUCUUACAACCCUGAUCGCGCGGCUUGGCAAGUGGGGUUCGAUCAAGGGGUUCCUCACAGGUUUCCUCCCCCGGAAAGUUCUAACAUCGAGGAUGUCAUUGCUAGAUUCAAUCGUUACGUCUUCAAAGGAGCGACUCGCUUGUCUGAUCAAAGGAAGGAUUUUUCAUUCAGGCUGCCCAUCCCUGCGCGGCUCUUAGCAGUUACUGAAGGCGCCCACGAGUAUCAUGAUUUAUUACGGCGCCGGGCUUUGAACUUUCUCUUCUCCUCCUUGCGACUUGACUAUUCAGGAUCUUCGGUAGCUUCAUGCGUCUGGCCGAAUCAAACUUGAUAAUGCCGUAGCUGCCGAGCAUCGCCUUGUUCCGACUAACAAGGGUCAUUCGGAUCCCGUGGUGACCUCUUGGGCCCCACCUGAGGGUUGUGAGCCUGCGAAGCCGAAGAAGGGGUCGUUUUCCGAUCGUAAACCUCCGCGGUUAAAUGUGAAGCUAUCUGCUAGUCCUUUGGCGCCUCAGGGAACUCCUCCUUCCAGUCGCCUAGGGUAGAAGCCCCCUUCUUAUGUGAUGGAGGAAUACUUGAAUAUGCCGGAGUGUGACUGGACUGAGAGUAGUCUAAAGAAGAAAUCUAGGCGGGAGGCGAACCAAUCGUCUGCCCCACGCCCUUGUUCCUCUGCUAAUACUGUGCCUUUGCAGCCUCGUCCAAGUCAACGGAGGAGCGCGUCACAGCCCCCCAAGGAUAUGAGUGUCAACUCGACUCUUUCGUUUGUGGAUCAUCUGAGGAACCUAUGGGUUAGCCUCCCCAUAGGGGAUGGUUGGGUGACGCCACGCCUUCAUGUAUCAUCAGUUCACCCUCUUAGGGAUGAGACCGUACGUGGCAGGGGUGAACUUCCAGUAUCUCCUAGUGUCGUUCUGCAAUCAACGAGUCCUUCUGGGUCCAGCCGGUCAGCCUUUGGUGGGUCCUCAUCCCACGUGGCACCAACCAUUAAUGAUCCUGCAGGCUCCACCAGCGGCUCUGAAUCGUCUUCUAGUUCCUCCGCGUCUCGUCCCAAAAUUGAUGAUACUCCGCUAGGCUCGUCAAUUCCCGAGGAUAUGAGUAAGAAGCGAAAGGAACCCACGAAGCCCGACAUGGAUGGUACCAGGCGCGUGGUUCCUGGUGUCGAUGGGUCUUCUAAACGAACUAGAGUGGAUGGCGGCAGUUCGUCUGUUCUCUCGGAAAAGCAGACUGAUAUUCUUGUUGCUGGCGUGACGACCAACCCUGUUGUAACGGAGGAUUCUGAGGAUGCGUGGUUUCGCUUCCCUUUGGUAGUGAGCGUUGCCGAGGCCGGGGUAGAUCCCGCUACCCACACCCUAGUCCAUGGCGUCUGGGUUCUAACUGCUUUUGCUGCCACCUAUAUAGACAUUGUUGAGCGUGGUGGUGGUCAUAUGGCGAAGGAGGGUCUUUUGGAUGUCCCUAUCCUGUGCUACAUGACUAGGAAUCUCUUGGAGAUUGCAUACCAACUCACCCGUGUAGGGGAUGAUCCUGUCGAUGAGGCGAGGUUGCAUAGCUGGGAAGCUGCCGUGCAAUCUGUACUCAACGUCAAAUUCCCUAUAUCGUGGCUGAAGGAGAUGUUGGUGAAGGUGAGGAGCUGCAAUGAUCCUCGCAGUCGUCUUUCUGGUCAAAUCUCUCAAUUAGAAGGGAAACUAGAGAAGUGUUCGGAGAUGACUUCCAGCAAGAGGGUGGUGCUAAAUCUGCUGCUUGAUGACAUUGGGUUAGCAAAUGACGAGGUGCUGCGUGCUGAAGCCGCUGAAGCGGCGGUUCGUGCAGAACUCGAGGAGAAACGACAGGAGUUGGAGAAGCUCUGAUUUGCUUAAGGCGCUUUGUUGGAUUUGUUGUUUGUUUGCUAUUGGAUUGUGGGAUAUUCUGUUGGUGUGUGGAUUAAUUUUUCUUGUUGGUGGUAUUUAUUUAUUGACUAUUUUGUUUGUUUAUAAUUUUCUUGCAUUAUUAUUGAAAUGUGCAUGUAGUUAGGCGA